AUGGGCUACAAGGUCCAGGCCCACGCGUUCCAGGGCUACUGGGAGGACAUCGGGACCAUCGAGGCCUUCUACAACGCCAACCUCGCGCUUGCCAAGCCCGGGAAGACGGACUUCAGGGGCGGAGCCGAGGGCGCGCCCCAUGCGCGCGAGACCCUGGGCGCGCCGGUCGGGGCGCCCGAAUGGCGCGUGCAGGAGCCGUACUUCUACGACAAGGCGGCGCCCAUCUACACCAUGAGCCGCUUCCUGCCGCCCUCCAAGGUGGUGGACGCCGAGGCGUGUCCGCAGCAGCGCCGCGGCGAGGCUGACGUGGGCGGCCGCCGCGCCGCCGCAGACGCGAUCCAUGACGCCAUCAUCGGUGACGGCUGCGUGAUCAAGGCCGGCAGCGUCAUCAAGAACAGCGUCAUCGGCCUGCGCACACUCGUGCAGGAGAACGCCCUCAUCGAGGACACCCUCAUCCUGGGCGCGGAUUACUACGAGACCAAGGAGGCAGAGCGAUCCGUCAACGGCCCCGCGCUGCCGCUGCCGCCGCCGCCACAGGAGUGCACGUUCGUGCCGGGCUGCCAGCCCAUCGGCGUGGGCCGCGGCGCCGUGGUCCGCCGGGCGCUGGUCGACAAGAACGUCCGCAUCGGGGACAACGUCCAGAUCGUGAACAAGGCGGGCGUGAGCGAGGCCAACCGGGAGGAGGAGGGCUUCAUCAUCAAGGACGGCAUCGUGGUGCUCUGCAAGAAUGCACACAUCAAGAGCGGCACCGUCAUCUGA